AUGGUCGUCUACUGUCCUGCCACAAUCAGCGACUUCUCCGUUCUCCCAAUCUCAAUACCGCCGUUACCUUCAUUCCCCAAAACCGUUGUGCACCAUGUCUAUGUGCGGCGGAACUCGCCCAAGGUGCCGACUGCCGACGACUCGAGGAGUCUGUUCCUGACAAACGUGCCCGUCGACAGCACCGAACUUCACCUGCGCGGCCUUUUCACCGCGCUGAUCGGCGCUGGCCGGUUCGAGAGUGCCACAUUUGACGACGAGCGCAACGCGUUGCACUCUUUAGCGGACGCGACGCCCGCCCAGCUCGCUCGGCAGCUGGUGUUUCAUAUGAAUAACAACGGCGGGGCCAACAAGAAGCGAAAGCGCGAGGAAGACGCCGAGGCGGAGCGGGCCAGGGAAGAGGCUGCAUCGCGGCUCCCCGGCACGUGGACGCGGACGCUGCGGCGAAGCGGGUCGGCGGCCGUGGUGCUGCUGGCCGACGAGAAGAGCGUCGAGCAGGUGCUCAAGGCCAUCGCCAAGCUGCACAAAUCGAAGCGGUACCCGACGUGGGGCGAGGGCGUGGGCGACCGCGUGCCGGCGCUCGGCUCCGCGUGGCUAAAAGCGCACAACCGGCUCUCGUACCCCGACCGCGACGCCGUGCAGGCGGCCAUCGACGCCUUCUCGACGCUGUUCGCCCGCAAGGAGCAGGAGGCGGCCGACACCGCCAAGCGGCUGCGCGGUGAGCCCGACGAGGACGGCUUCGUGACGGUGACGCGCGGCGGCCGCAACGCGCCGGCCAGCCGCAACGAGGCCGAGGAGGCCAAGAGGAAGAUGCUAGAGAAGGCGGAGAAGAAGAAGGCCGAGCUUACAGACUUUUACCGCUUCCAGCUCAAGGACCGCCAGAAGGACGAGCAGGAAGAGCUGCUGAAGCGCUUCGACCAGGACAGGAAGAAGGUGUGGGCCAUGCGCGAGCAGCGCUCCAAGUUCGUUCCCGAGAAAUGA